UGUUUCGUUGGAAUCUCUGGAUUUCGGCAUAUGCUCGAAGAGGAAUGUGAAGUCCGAAGGUUCAGCUGACGGCUCCAGUCAGCGCAGUCCACUUGCAGACGGUCGGCGUUUGACGGUACGAGGUUUCAGAGGGUCGAGUGCAUGCGCUGUUUGCAAUUUCAAAUUUCGCCGAGCGAACACGACGACGAGGACUCGACGACGAAUCGACGACGAAGAUGGCGGCCCUGGAUCUCAUGCAGCUCGACGGCGACCAGGCGCCGACGUCCAAGCUUUUGAAGCAAGGGGCGGAAGCUGUACAUUCCUCUCCCUCGCCUCCCUCCUAUCACAUCAUUUCACGCCGUUUGCCGACGCUUUUCGAGUCUGUGGCCUGUGAAUUUCCUUGAUUUCGUGUUUUCGAAAGCUCGUUUAUGGGCCGCAAGGCGGUCGUGAAGGAGAGAUUUUCGAAGAAGUACAGGCAUCCAGUUCUGGAUGCGAAACUCACCUCGAAGAGACUUCUCGGGGAAGCUCGUCUUUUGGCCAAGGCUCGAAGGCUUGGAGUUGUCACACCAGCUCUGUACGCUGUUGAUCCUGUGACAGCAUCUCUCACCUUUGAGUAUGUACCGGGAGCAAGUGUCAAGGAUCUCUUACUCCAGUCGGGUCCUCUUCCCAGUCCAGGAGGCAAAAUAGAAGAGAUAGCUAAACAAAUUGGCAAAGCUGUUGCAAAGCUGCAUGACGGUGGUGUUGUCCAUGGGGAUCUCACGACCUCCAACAUGCUCAUACGCCCUGAUACCAAUCAAUUGGUAAUGAUCGACUUCGGGCUGAGUUUCACGUCUGCACUCCCUGAAGAUAAAGCAGUGGAUCUCUAUGUUUUGGAGCGGGCGCUGAUCUCUCUCCACUCUUCGAAUGGUGACAUUAUGGGUCUGGUGAUGUCUUCCUACAAGCAAUCUUCGAAGCUGUGGAGUUCGACCUUGAACAAAUUGGCUGCAGUGCGCAUGAGGGGUCGUAAACGAGUGAUGAUCGGUUGAUCGCUUUUCGUUGGUCGUGGGAGGCAGAUUGUUCUUCAUAAUCUUUAGUCAAUAGGAAUACGAAGUUCCGACCAAGAACUUUGUUUUUCCAAACCGAUAGCGUACCCAAAAAUUUUGACAUUAGUUCUACUUUCAAACGUCUUAGUCCAGUUUUAGAAGAUGAGAAUCAGUUUACACAGCCACCAUUUAGCAGUUGACUUCACGCCGGGUAGAAUAUGGGAAGGUUGUAAGAAGAAAGGCUUAAAGUGUACUCUAGUAACACCUGAGUGGAAAGCUUGUAAGCAGCGUUUCUGUGAUGAAAUGCUUUUACAUUGUGAAAACCGUGUCAAAAUUUAUUUUGUCAUCUAUCCUUCUACGUGGGAGCUGAUGCCUGGAAAUGACAGUGAUGUCUCAAAUGGGCAUGGAGAAGAGAUCUUAACUGCUACACGCUACGUUCAAUACCUACCAACUCUUGUUUUUGUACUGCGCCGGCACUAUUAUGGCAACCCGACUUAUUAAGGACUUUCUUCCUGUGAGAAGAAAGAUCGCCUAGAAGAGGCUAACUUAAUCAGAUGUCCAGCUGUUGACUCUCCUGUAU